UGAAUGGGUUACCAGGCUACGGCCGUAAACACUGUCAUUCGAGAGAACUGGUCCGUGCCAUUUCGUGUCUGUAGCAGACAGCUACAGGUGGUGUUAGCUCGAAGAGCUUGCGAGAAGAAAUGGCCGACGAAAAGGGUGACCUACGAGAGAGGCAACAGGCUUCUCUGCCUGGGCAGCCCGAGCCCGGACAGCAGCCACUUCCAGCCGGGACUGUUGUUUAUAAUGCUGCAACUCAGCCGGCUGGUGUCCCUGCGCCUAUCCCCCACCCCCCGGAGCGCAGUAGAGUGUCUGUGCGGGUGAAAUGUCCAUCCUGUCAGCAGGAUAUCAACACAGUCACCGAGACAAAAGUCGGCAAGUUUGCCUGGCUGGCCGCAGGGCUCGUCUUUCUGCUGGGGUUGUCGUUCCCGGUGUUUUGGCUGGGGUGCUGCGUCCCAUGCUGUGUCUCCAACUUCAAGGACACCAAGCACUCCUGUCCGAACUGCAAGGCGCACGUGGCCACCUACAAGAUUGCCAAAUAA